ACAGUGUUCCACUACUGUGGUCUUCUAACCAGCCAUUGAUCUGCAACUGACUGAAGAUUGUGUAAGAGCUUUCCAAACAGAAGUGGGAUAGGAGAGUAGAGGCACUUCAUGUUUUUUGGUUUUGCAUUUGCUUUGGUGAGAUGUCGGCAUACUGUGUGUAGUCGGUCCUCAGUAAGGAUGCCUUCUUUAACAAUAUUCUUAUGGCUGAUGUCCAUCUGUGGUGACCUAAAUGCCCAGUUUCCAACUCAUAAUCGGCGCUGGUGGCAGCCGCAUGUACGCUACGAUUUUGGGCCCUAUCCUCUAGGGGAACCGGACUUCGACCUGCAACCAAAGUUCACUGUGGUGGCUCCUGUUCAGCUGAGAGUGGGGAGUACACAGAACAUCCUGGUGGAGGCGGUCAGUCUGUCUGAGGCUGUCACCGUCUCAUUCACCCUGUACGAUCAUCCAGCCAAGACUGUCCUCCUGUGGCAGGGCACCGUCACCCUCGAAGCGGCUAACAGCUACAGCGCCCUUAAAAGUGUAGAGAUUGAUCCACAGCUCCUGCGCCCUGAAGAGAAAGUGGAGAAGUUUGUCCACCUGGUCACCCAGUUCGGGAGCUUCUAUCGAACCGAGCAGGAUCUUAAAGUGUCCUUCCUCUCCGGCUACAUCUUCAUCCAGACCGACAAACCCAUCUACAACCCAGGGGACACAGUGCGAUACCGAGCUUUUGUUUCUAACGUGGACUUCAAGGCAUUCAACGGCACCAUCUCUGUAGAAAUUCAGAAUCCUGAUGACAUUACAGUCCAUGCUUCAGGCCGGAUUAGAGCACAGGGCGGCAUCUUCUCUAACACUUAUGGGCUCUCCGACUUGGUCAAGGAGGGCAAGUGGAAGAUUACUGCAAAGUUUGACCACUGGAAGGAGAAUACAUUCAGCUCUGAAUUUGAGGUUAAAAAAUACGUGCUCCCAGCUUUCAAUGUUACUCUCACGCCAGUGAAACAUCACUUGGACAUGGAAGACAAAGAGUUAGUAGUGAAGGUGUCUGCAAGGUACUUGUAUGGGGAGCAGGUGGAAGGGGUUGCGUAUGUAGUGUUUGGAGUGGAGAGGAAUGGAAAUAAAAUAAGACUGCCCUCCAUGAAACAAGUAAAAGAUCUGGAAGGAGGAGAAGCCAUUCUGACUAUGGAGGAGCUUAAGAGAUCUUACCCCAACGUCAAAGACUUAGUGGGCUCUUCUAUAUAUGUUAAAGCUUCCGUCAUGACCAGCACAGGAAGCGACCUGGUGGAGGCUGAGAAGUCUGGCAUUAAAAUAGUCAUAGCAUCAUACAUGCUGUCCUUCAGAGGCACCCCAAAAUUUUUUAAACCAGGUCUGCCUUUCGACCUGACGCUUAAGGUCAGCCAUCACGAUGGCUCUCCAGCUCCAAACGUUCCUGUUAAAAUCAAUUUCUUGUCCAGUCCAGUCUCAGUACACCGAGGCACCAUCCAAGUGUCCUAUAACAUGCCUGCUUCCUUCAGCUCCCAGACAAUAACGGCGGAGACAGAAAUGCCAGGAUUGAAGAGCCAGCAACAGGCAAAGGAGAGUAUAUUGGUGCAGCCACACAUUCCUUCUGACCCGAGUCGUCCGAACUACCUUUACAUCUCAAGAGGCACUUCUGAAGUGAGGGUCGGGGAGGUCCUGAAUUUGAAACUGCACCUCAGUGCGUUCUCCCAGAAGGAAUGGAACUUCAUUCAACAUGUUUCAUAUAUUAUUGUGAAUAAGGGCAAGAUAAUCCAGGCUGGCAAAGUGCGAGUAGCAGGACAAGAUGUCACUAAUUUUCCUCUGCGGAUCACAUCAGAGUUUCAGCCAGCCUUCCGGCUUCUGGCAUACUACAUGUUGCCCUGGAACUGGAAGGGGGAAGUGGUGGCGGAGUCCAUGCUGGUUGAGGUGGAGAGCGAUUGUGUGGGAUCACUUACAGUCAGCCCAAUAAAGGGACAAGAGUUGGACACUCACUUGCCCGGCUGCAGCUUUCACUUCCAGGUUAGGGGUGAUCCAGGGGCGAAGGUUAGUCUGGUUGCUGUGGACAAUGCCGUUUUCUUGCUGAGCAAGGGCCGACUGACACAGAGUAAGAUCUGGGAUACGGUGGGCCGGUCUGAUAUGGGCUGCUCUGUAGACGGAAUAGGCAACAGUCUGGUAAUGUUCCGAGACUCAGGACUGAGCUUUCGGUCCAGCAUUGGAGUCGAUUCAGCCCUUGUGCAAGAGUGCUACCUUUAUCCCAGGAAGAAGCGCUCUGCAGCCCGACUGCAACUCCGAGCCCAGCUUGAGAAAAAGUAUUCCCAAGAUUUAGAGCAACGCUGCUGCAUGGCCGGUAUGAGGGAGAUUCCUAUGCCCUAUUCUUGCCACCGCCGUUCUUUGUACAUCACGGAGAACUGGAGCUGUGUGAUUGCUUUCCUCGAAUGUUGCUCCCAGUAUUGGGGCCAGGAGCUGGGUGUCAUCACUCCGCCUCCACCCACCACUGCUGAGCCACCUCCAACCCACCACUUUCCCAGAACUUUAGAAGAAAGAGAAAUGGUCCUGUCUCAACCUAACUUACGCGUAUUUCAUGCGGAGAAGGCGUUCGUCCGCUUAAUGAGUCCUGGACUUCCUGAGUCUCCACGAUCUCCUGUACUUAGAGAGGGACGGGUUGGGCUUAGCGCUGCUUUGCCCGGUAGUUUUGUGCCCAAACAUGAUGAGGAUGAUGAUGAUGACGAUGAUUACGCCUCCGUGGAGGACAUCUACGUUCGCACCAAGUUCUUUGAGUCAUGGCUGUGGACUGACAUCACACUUCCAGGAGCGCCGGAGCCGGGUGCCACGGAUGGAUUGGCUGUUAUGCAGGUGGACACUGCUCUGCCGGACAGCAUCACUGAAUGGGGAAUUCUGGGUAUCAGCGCCUCACGUGACACAGGUAUUUGUGUAGCAGAGCCUUAUAAUGUUCGAGCAUGGAAGCAUUUCUUCAUUGACCUACGUCUUCCUCGCACUGCCGCCAGACACGAACAUGUGGAGGUCAAAGCUGUACUGCACAACUAUAUGAACCAGGAUUUACAGGUGCUGGUGAUCCUGGAGAAGACGAGCGACAUGUGCAGUGUGGCCUUUACCGGAAGUCAUAAGCAGGAGGUGUUGGUCCGAGCGCGUUCCUCUGUGCUUCUGCGGUAUACCGUCAUCCCCCUCAAAGCGGGAAACUUCCCCCUGCAGGUCACAGCCACGGCGCGCUCCUUCGCUGGACAAGAUGCCAUCAGGAAGACUCUUCGCGUGGUGGUGGAAGGCAUUCAGAAGAUGGACGUGAGGAGUUAUGUGUUGGACCCUGCUGAUAAAGGAGGCAGCGAUGGGAAGCAGGAGAUUAGUGUGAAGAAAGCUGAAGUGCUGUCCGUGGUUCCGAACUCGAUUCCAGAGACUUUCGUCAACGUUAGAGGUGACUUGCUGGCGGACAGCAUUGAUAACUCCAUCAAUAAGGACUCUCUGGCGGCACUGAUCCGGAUGCCUGGUGGAUGUGUGGAGCAGAACUUGGCCAGCAUCACACUGCCUCUCAUAGCUGCACACUAUCUGGACCGCAGCAAACAGUGGGAGAGUGUGGGAAUUCACCGCAGAGAGGAGGCUGUCCGCUACAUACAGCAAGGCUACGAGAAUCAACUGUACUAUCGCAAAAAGGACGACUCGUAUCCACCCUACCGCAAUGAAGGAACCAGCACAUGGAUCACAGCGUUUGUGGUGAAGGUGUUCUCCAUGGCUAAGAAUUUCAUCAGCGUUGAUGAGAAAUACGUAUGUGGGCCGUUGAUUUACCUGCUCAAACACAAGCAGCUCUCUUUCGGAGCUUUCAAAGAGGAUAACCCCGUCUACACCACCUCGAUGACGGGUGGUCUUCAAGGUGCAGAAUCCAAAGAGACCCUCACUGCAUUUGUACUUAUUGCCUUGGCUGAAGCUCAGAAUGCUGUUACCUGUAAUGAUCCAUCAGUUGUCACAGAGACGAGUUUCAGCAGAGCAGGCGAGUAUCUGAAGGAGCAGUUCCCGCGGCUGACGCGCCCCUACUCUGUGGCGAUAGCGUGCUAUGCUCUAGCUGUAAGUGGCAAGGGCUGCAUGAAGAGCAUGUUGCUGAAGGCUGCGUCACCAGACCGCACUCACUGGCCUGAUUCAAGCUCGUUCUUCACCUUGGAGGCCACAGGCUAUGCGCUGUUAGCUCUGCUGAAAGGGGGCCACAUGCAGGAGGCGACUGCCCCCUUCAAGUGGUUGAACGAGCAGCGCAGAGUUGGAGGAGGAUAUGGAUCCACACAGUCUACUAUGAUAGUCCUGCAGGCUCUGUCAGAGUAUCUGGUGAAGAGGCCUCCUGAGUCAAAGCUCAAUCUGCACGUGGAGCUCCGGGUUCCUGGACGCUCAGACACGCGCUGGGCCUUCACGCCCACACUGGCCCAUGUAGCCCGAUCGUCACGGGUUCCUCUAGACCAGGACUUCACAGUAGUAGCUUCAGGAAAUGGCCAAGGAAUCUUGGAGGUGGUAACGGUGUAUAACGAGUUGCCUGAUGUCUAUGAGAAGAGCACCUGUAAUGGCUUUGAGCUGGACGUGUCCAUCACAGAGAGCAGCGAGAAACCCCCGCCAGAUGUUGAGAAAUCAUUUCAUCUCAGCAUCAGAGUGAGAGCCCUGGAGCCACGUCAAGUGCGGAUGGCCAUUCUGGACAUCAGUCUGCCCACUGGAUUCGAGCCAGAAACCUCUGACCUGGAGCAGCUGACCAAUUCAGUGGAUCGCUACAUCAACAACUUCCAGGUGGUGGACAACCUGAGCGACAGAGGGUCUCUCAUCAUACACCUGUUCAAGGUGUCCAACAGAGAGCCAGACAUCAUCACAUUCAGACUUCAGCAGAAGUUUAAAGUCGGGUUGCUACAGCCUUCUACAGUUACUGUGUACCAGUAUUACAACAAAGAUAAGCAUUGCAGCAAGUUCUACACUCCUCCAGAGGACAAAGAAGAGCUUGGUCAGAUCUGCAAGGACAACAUUUGCCGCUGUACUCAGGGUGACUGCUGUGUCAUGAAGACGGACGACCAGUCGUUCUCAGUGAAGGACAGGAAUAAUGCCGUCUGCGCUGGAAUUCACCAUGUGUUCAAGAUCAGGGUGCUGAACGUCAGUGCCAGCCAGUACGACAGAUAUGAGGUGGAGAUCCUGCAGGUUAUAAAGGAGGGAGAUCCUACAGGUUCUGAGGUUGGCCUGAAGCCACACGACACCAGAGUGUUUCUCUCUCAUGCAGGCUGCAGGGCGGGGCUUAACCUGCAGAAAGGACAGGACUACCUCAUCAUCGGGCCGACCUCUGACAUAUGGCACGAAGGCAGCACUUCCAGCGGGUCCACAUACAUUCUGGGUAAGAAGACAUGGGUGGAGCGCUGGCCGUCAUCAGCAGAGUGCUUAACUCAGGCUGCCAUGCAGAGAUGUCAGGACCUGGAGACGUUUGCUAACGAAUUACUGCAAAGUGGCUGCCAGACUUGAGAAGCACCACCUUCACCAUGUACAGAUUACAGACACAGACAUAUUCACACACCAUCCACUCAGAACACAAACGAGUGUACACGAGCAUCCUUAACAGCCUUAAAUACACUCUAGAGAUUUUAGACAUUUUUGCCAUUCAGAUAUUCACUUUUAAUUGAAAAAUCCUAACAUGAAAAUGUUAUGAUGUCAUAAAUAAAAAAAACAAAAAACAA